UCCGCAGAGCGGCCGCGCCGAGCCCGUCUGGCCGGGGGCAGCGCCCGGGCGGUGCAGGGUGGGCGGGCAGCGUGGGGCUGGGCCCGGGCCAUGGGGCUGCGGGGCCGCUGCCGCCUCCUGCUGGGGCUCCUGCUGCUGCUGCUGCUGCCCGGCGCGGCGCGCAGCUUCGGGGAGGACGAGGAGCGGCGCUGCGAUGCCAUCCGCAUCGCCAUGUGCCAGAACCUGGGCUACAACGUCACCAAGAUGCCCAACCUGGUGGGGCACGAGCUGCAGGCGGACGCGGAGCUGCAGCUCACCACCUUCACCCCGCUCAUCCAGUACGGCUGCUCCAGCCAGCUCCAGUUCUUCCUUUGUUCAGUCUAUGUUCCAAUGUGCACAGAGAAGAUUAACAUCCCAAUAGGUCCCUGCGGUGGCAUGUGCCUUUCCGUCAAAAGAAGAUGUGAACCUGUUCUGAAAGAAUUUGGAUUUGCCUGGCCAGACAGUCUAAACUGCAGUAAAUUUCCACCCCAGAAUGACCACAAUCAUAUGUGUAUGGAGGGUCCAGGGGAUGAAGAGGUUCCCCUUCACAGCAAGACAUCCUUGCAGCCAGGAGAAGAGUGUCACACAAUGGGAUCUAAUUCAGAGCAGUAUAUCUGGGUAAAAAGAAGCCUGAGCUGUGUCCUUAAGUGUGGCUAUGAUGCUGGUCUCUAUAGCAGAUCAGCUAAGGAAUUCACUGAUAUCUGGAUGGCCGUGUGGGCUAGCCUGUGCUUCAUAUCAACAGCCUUCACAGUCCUGACCUUCCUGAUUGAUUCAUCCAGAUUUUCCUACCCUGAGCGCCCCAUCAUAUUUCUGAGCAUGUGCUACAAUAUUUAUAGCAUUGCUUAUAUCGUGAGGCUGACUGUAGGCCGGGAAAGGAUAUCCUGUGAUUUUGAAGAGGCAGCAGAACCUGUUCUUAUCCAAGAAGGUCUUAAGAACACAGGAUGUGCUAUAAUUUUCUUACUGAUGUAUUUUUUUGGGAUGGCUAGCUCCAUCUGGUGGGUGAUUCUGACAUUAACAUGGUUUCUAGCAGCAGGACUCAAAUGGGGCCAUGAGGCUAUAGAAAUGCACAGCUCCUAUUUCCAUAUUGCAGCCUGGGCUAUCCCUGCAGUGAAGACCAUAGUCAUCUUGAUUAUGAGACUAGUAGAUGCAGAUGAGCUCACUGGUCUGUGUUAUGUUGGCAACCAGAACCUAGAUGCACUCACUGGCUUUGUCGUUGCUCCGCUUUUCACCUACUUGGUUAUUGGAACUUUAUUCAUAGCAGCAGGCUUAGUGGCCUUAUUUAAAAUCAGGUCUAAUCUUCAAAAAGAUGGGACUAAAACUGACAAGCUGGAAAGACUGAUGGUCAAAAUUGGUGUCUUUUCAGUGCUAUACACUGUCCCAGCUACAUGUGUAAUUGCAUGUUACUUCUAUGAAAUCUCCAACUGGGCUAUCUUCCGCUAUUCAGCGGAUGAUUCCAAUAUGGCAGUGGAGAUGCUUAAAAUUUUCAUGUCUCUGCUGGUGGGUAUCACAUCUGGCAUGUGGAUUUGGUCGGCCAAGACUCUGCACACGUGGCAGAAGUGCUCUAACAGACUGGUGAACUCAGGGAAAGUGAAACGAGAGAAGAGAGCGGAUGGUUGGGUGAAACCUGGGAAAGGGAAUGAGACUGUGGUGUAAACAAAACCUCUGUGCUGACUUCUCUCCCAAGAAGGACUUGUGUAUAAACACUUGCAGUAGAAAUGUUGCUGGGGAGGUGUGGGGAGGUAAAGUACAAAAUCUGUCUCUGAAAAGAAGCCUUAAAGAAUAAGCAGAAAUUUCAAAAACAGAAUAACCAUAAACCAGGCUGCCCAAAAUACGAAAGCCCAGGGCGGCUUGGAACACUGUGAAAAAUCUGAACUUGUCACAUUUUUGUAAAGCAGGUUGCAAUGUAUUAAUGUCAUUAGAAGCCACAGGGUCUUGCAUCCUGAUUUUCCUGAAUCAUGUUAUGGUGCAUGGAGGAGGAGGGUCAAGUUCUGGGCUGAUUUAGGGUCCAAUCCUGUGAGGGGCUGGGUGCUCUCAGCUUCAAUUGACAACAUCAGUCCCUUUGAAUUCAGUGUCUUAAGGGAUGUGGUCAGCACCUUUUAGGAUUGGACCCAUAGCCGGUACAGCCUGUUGCCUUCAUCGGUGUUGUGUGGUGCAUAAUUCAGACAAGGAUUAGGUCCUCAUGCAAAUGCCAGCUAAGUUUUCCAGGUAUGAAAACAACUCAAACAGUGAAUUUGUAGGAUUCAGUUAGGUGUUAGGAUGGAUUGCUGUAUACCUCAGCUGACAACCUAAUACUAACCUCUAUAUCGGCACACUCUUUGCUGUCUAAAACAUCAGUACUUCAUUUGAGGUGUUUAGAAGCUUCACUCCGUACCUUUAUCAGAAGUAGAUUAACUUGGAGUCUGAGGCAUAACAGCAUAUAUAGUUGCCAUUUUCUCCCAUCCACCCCCUCCCCCUUUUCCCUGCCCCCUUUUGUCCUUUUUCGAUAACCUGGCUAUUUCCAGCCUCUGACUACUUUAUUCCUCUGCAUUAAUAACUUAGGUUUUUUCUUUUAAUAGCUCUCCUUCCUACUGCAAUAUACAGCUGAGGGAAAGUGAACGAAGGCUCACUUUGGACAAACUCUUUAUUCAGCAGAACAUGUAGUUUUUCUCCAAGUAAACUUAUCUGGCUCUCCCCAGAGACCUAUUGCAUUAAGCAAUUAAGACUUAAUAUAUUUCACUCUGUGUGAUUACAUCUAUGCAGACGCCAGUCUGGGAGAAGUGAAAUGUUAAGUUCCUUGGCAACUUCAUGUUCACACAGAUCAGUUGUAUAAUUGUGUGUGUCAAUUAAAAAUAAAAGAACAUUCUCCAGCCAUGACAUAGCAGUACAGCUGACUGGCUCAAACUGAUGGUCACUGAGAGUGACUUACAAUUUUUUUUUUUUAAUGUAAGAAUGUUAUCAGACUUCAGCAACAAUGGAGACAUUUUCCUUUU